UUCAUCAGAUUAAUCAACAACAUGGAUCCCAGAAAUCAAAGUCUUUCAGAAUUCCUUCUCAUGGAAGUGACAGAGGAUCCAGAGCUGCAGCCCUUCCUCUUCAGUGUCUUCCUGUCCAUGUAUCUGGUCGCUGUCCUGGGCAACCUGCUCAUCAUCCUGGCCGUCGGCUCAGACUCCCACCUGCACACCCCCAUGUACUUCUUCCUCUCCAACCUGUCCUUCAAUGACAUCUGCUUGAGCACAACCACGAUCCCGAAGAUGCUGGCCAACAUCCAGACACAGACUCGGAGCAUCACUUACAUGGGCUGCCUCACCCAGGUCUGCUUUGUCAUGGUGUUUGCUAGUUUGGAAAGUUUCCUCCUGGCAGUCAUGGCCUACGACCGCUACGUGGCCAUCUGUCACCCACUGAGGUAUGCGGUCCUGAUGAGCCCCCGUGUCUGUGUCCUGGUGACUUUCCUGUCCCUGCUCGUUUGCCUGCUGGAUGCCCUGGUCCACAGCCUGAUGGUGUUGAGACUGUCCUUCUGCACAGACCUGCAAAUCCCCCUGUUCUUCUGUGAAGUCGUUCAGGUCAUCCAGCUCGCCUGCUCUGAUACCCUCAUCAAUAACAUCCUCAUAUAUUCUGCAACUAGCAUAUUUGGUGGGAUCCCACUGUCGGGAGUAAUUUUCUCGUAUAGUCAAAUAGCCUCCUCUGUCUUAAAAAUGCCAUCAUCUGGUGGAAAGUAUAAAGCCUUUUCCACCUGUGGGUCUCACCUCUCAGUGGUUUCCUUGUUCUACGGGACAGGGUUGGGGGUGUACAUCAGUUCUGCUGUUACUGACUCUUCCAGGAUGACUGCCGUGGCCUCAAUGAUGUACACGGUGGUCACCCCCAUAAUGAACCCCUUCAUUUACAGCCUGAGGAACAGGGACAUGAAGGGGGCCUUGAGGAAACUUACUGGUAGGAUAACUUCUCUUCUAUGA